AAUUUUUGGUUUAUUGAAGUGUUCAGGAUGAAUCUACUAACUUUUGUUCCUGUGUGGGUUGAGAGAGAUGUGUUUUGUUGAUGGGAUUUUGUCUUUAUGAACAGGAUCACGGUGCUGUUGAUGAGGGGAACCCCACUGUACCGUACACAGUUUUAGGAAUUGACUUUUUUAAGUCUUUAUUGAAUAGCUACAAAUGCUACCGCUGCACAAUCUUGGUGCUGUUGGUUGCAGCUGGGUUGUCAUUCACCAUAGACUUCAAGCAGGAGGGACCUAAACAUGGUUGGCAUGAUGGUGUUGGUAUAUUGUUUGCUCUUGUCCUGCUGGUUCUGGGAAAACCAGUUGCAAACUUUUUCUGUGAGAGGAAAAAGUUGAAAUUGAAGGAGAGAAAGCAGGAGUUGGAAUUCAGAGUGAAACGAGGUGAAGAGUCCGUAGUGGUUCCCGUUCCCGUAUCUGAUAUUGUGGUGGGAGACACAGUUUUCCUGUGGCCAGGCGAUGAGGUUCCAGCAGAUGGUGAGCUCCAAAGUGAUGGCAUCCUUUUUGUGGUUGAGCUUGAUAAUAUAGAAAGCAAACAGAGGGGGCAGAAUUCGUUUCUUAAAUCUGGUUCAAAGGUGAUCGGGGGCCAGGGAAGGAUGUUGGUAAAAUCAGUUACAACCAAAACCAAUUUGGCUAAGAUAGGUACCUGUAAUUCUGAAAGGAGGGGUUUGUUGGAAAGACAAAUUGAGAAGCCAAUUUCUUACAUUGACAUGGUUGCACUUUCUAUCUCUGUACUGGUUGCAUUUGUGGUGUUAAUUCGCCUAAUUUGUGGAAAAGAUGGGAGCAAUGCAGACUUGCCAGAAAUUAAAGGGAAGGUCUCAAUUGGCCUGUUUAUGAAAGUCCUUGAGAGAACUUUUCUAAGACCCCAAGGAAGGGUUUCCAUUUUAACAGGUCUUGUCACUGUUGCAAUACUUUGCGUUCAGCACGGAAUGCCAUUUGUGGUUACCAUUUCUCUUAAGUACCAGAUUGAAAAGGAAGUACGAAACCAAGAUGUAGUUCUUAAUGAUUUGUCCGCUUGUACGACAAUGGGGUUGGUAACUGUGAUCUGUAUUGAUGUAUCAGGGGAACUCAUAUCUAAACCAAUGGAAGUUAGAAGAAUAUGGAUGGGAGAGAAAGAUAUCAGCAUGGUCGAGGGAUCUGAAACAGAAAAACCAGUGCUUGACAUGCUUAAACUAGGGGUUGGUUUAUCAGUCCUAGCACCUGAGAUUUAUCUUUCCCCUGUGUUCAAUUCACUUGUUUGUUGGGCAGAAACAACAUGGGAAAUGACCAUGAGAUCUUUCACAGAAGAAAAAUUUGACAUUCUUAAGCACAGCAAAUUGAAUUCUGGCAAAGAAGGCAGUGGAGUUUUGGUGAGAAAAAUUGGGGAUAGUGAAGUUCUGCACUUGCACUGGAGUGGAGCUGCAUCCGCAAUAUUGGAGAUGUGUUCGAGAUACCAUGACAGUAAAGGGAAUUGCCACGCCAUGGAAAAUCAGAAAAUCAAAUUUGGGCAGGUGAUUAAAGAGAUGGAGGAUAGUGGUCUUACGUCAAUUGCUUUUGCUUAUAAGCAAACAGAUGGAGAAGAACUUGGGCAAGAAGAACUGAUCUUGUCUGGACUGAUAGGCCUGAAAGAAACUAGUCAAGAAUCCAUAAAAUCAGCUUUGGAAAAUUUCAGAAAUGCUGCAAAUGUACAGAUCAAACUGGUCUCAGAGGAUGGCAUCGAGAAACUGGAAGGCAUUGCUCGUGAACUAGGACUAGAACAUGAUGUUGUGCUAGAAGGUAAACAACUUCAAGAUUUGAAUGAGGAAGCUAGAUUGGUCGAAGUGGAUCGAGCCCAUGUAAUGGCAAGAUUCCUUCCUGAGGACAAACUUCUCAUGAUACAGUGCUUGCAAGAGAAAGGCAAGGUGGUUGCAUUCAUUGGGUCAAGGUUGAGAACUAGUCUUACUUCAGUUUUAAAAGUAGCUGACGUGGGGAUAGUGCUUGAUUCUUUAAGCACAAGAGUGGAUAGAGAUAGUUGUGACAUAUCUAUCAAAUGCUUCAGUGCAUUGAAACCCGUUGUGAUAGCUGGCAGAAGUAAAUACCACAAUAUUCAGAAGUUCAUUCAACUUCAGCUGACAUGUACCAUAUCAGGAUUAGUCAUAACCUUCAUCACAGCCUGUACUGGAGAUUCUCCGCUUGCACCGUUCCAGUUGAUUUGGGUGAAUGUUUUUGUGUGCAUUCUGGGUGGCCUAAUGAUGGUAAUGAAGUUAACCAACGAGGAACAACUUGCUAAACAACCAUCUGAUCACAGGAACCAAAAUAUAAUAGCUAAUGAAAUCUGGAAAAGCAUUGCUAUUCAGAUAGUCAAUCUGCUCAACACCAUGAAGUUGUUGAGAAAGGAAGUUCUUGUUCAGAGCUUCUAUUUCUUGGGGGCCUUGGUUAUCUGUUUUCUCAUGCAAGUGGUGGCGAUUGAGUAUGCUAAAGGCCUGUCAGAUUGCAUGCACCUGAAUGCUACGAGAUGGGGUAUCUGUGUCAUGAUUGGUGCUCUUGCAUGGGUUUUUGAGUGGAGCAUGAAGAAUAUUCUUCCAGUUAUUCUGAAUCCCAGCACCAAUUAUUCUUCCGAAUUCAAUACUUCACCUUCUUUCUUUCUUUCUCCAUCUUUUUCAUUUCUGAUGCUACUUUUGCUCCCCAUAGGACUGAUUUUUAGUCAAAUGGGAAUGAACAUGACACUUCGUUAGAGGCAGGGAUAUAAACUUUACACGCCCACCGACUUUAGUCUGUGUAUAAUACUGUUGUUGCAUAUGUAUGUCAUCAUUUUGUACUCAUCAUAGAGUUAUCAUGUAGAUAAAGCUUCGUUAAUUCAUCAUGUCUUUCCCACUGUAAAUCAAUGUGAAUUAAAGCAA